AUGGUGUCCUUUAAAGAUGCUGCCACCUUGGCUGCAGCACAUCAGCCACAACCAGCCCCUCAAGUAGUUUUGAUCUCUGGUAACCCCCUGUUUGAAAACAUCAAAGUUCUCCAUUUCAAUGCCGGGACCACGCCAUACCCUCUAAACUCCUGUGGGUCUCCGGCCAGGAGACUUUCCCGAGAAGAAGCUGAGAAGCCGUGGGAGCUGCUGACUAUCAUGAAAAGCCAAAGCUGGCUCCCCAAGGAGGAGCGUGUGCGGCAGCUCCUGUGUAUAGAUCCCUGCUGCCAAAUCUGUGAUGCUGCAACUCUAGAGAUCCAGCAGUUGCUGGAGAGCGAGCAAAGUCAGAUCUCCCCUGCUUUGUUGGGACUGCCACAGGACUCUUCUUGCCUGGAGAUGUUGCCCGUAUCCAGUGAGACUUUUGAGCAGAACGUGGAGCUUCAUCCCAGACCCUCCACACAUCUUUCACUAGUGUCUGAAACUUCAACACUAGCACAGCUAACAGAUCACUUAGCACAGCCGCCCAAUGCAGCCGGUGUCCAACAGUGCUAUGAGGAAAACCUCCAGCUAGAGCAGAAAUUUCACCUGGCAGACAUGCCCAUGGUUCCAGAGACUAUGGUUCCUUCAAGUGGCUCUGAGCUCACUAUGGACAAAGUGGGGACCAUGUCCCACCUCACCAAAAGCUUGUGCUGGGCAGACCAGCCCACCCAGGCCUGCUGGGUUUCCGAAUGGUCCGUUGUAAGCCUGAGGCAAAGGAAGCACUGGCACCAGAUCCACGCUUUCUUGCCCUCUCGUGAAGCUGAACACCUAAGUGGCUUCUACCCACCCCCCAAGGCACAAGCUAAUGACUCGGGUAGCAAUUUUCAGAGUGAAUAUUAUAGCCAGUUAUUCUGUGGCCUUCCGUCUCUUCACAGCGAGUCCCUAGAUGUCCCUUCCGUGAGCUCUCAAGGUGGAUCCGAGAACAAGACUGCGUCCAAGCCCUCCUCCACAAGGGAGCUCUCACUCCCCUUCUUGCCCCAAACUCCACGUCAGUCAGCCCCUCCUACUUUCUCUUCUUCUCCAAAUGCCAAGACUCCCCAUGAGCAUAAAGGAGCAGGGAUGGAUGUCCCGGUUCUGACGCUGGCCGAGUGUGAAGCAUUGGAAUGUCACCUCCUAGACAGGCAAGUUAAGCUUCGGUGGGGCCUGCCGGCGGUCGUCCUAAGAAAUCGGGACACCCGGAGUCACGUGCUGUGUGAAGCACGCGGUAAAACUAAGACUGUAAAAACCACCCGGCCCUUCUGGCAUUGCACCAGGGAAUCUUCCUUCCCAGAGCAUGCGCGCAGGCUGUUGGAAUUCCACCUCCAGAAGCAGCUGACUCACCUGCGCUGGGGCCUGCCCCAGAGGAUCCAACGCUCCAUUCACUUGGUCCUCCCCUCUCCUAGCCAGCAGCCCCGGUCCUGCAGCAACGGGGCACUACCCAAUGUGAGCAUCCUGCAGCCAGGCGACCCAGAGGCUGAUGGGUCCGGUGACACGUUUGCAGUCGCCGUGGACAGAGGGUCAGUUCCCACACCUCACUUGUUCAGCCAGGCAAAGGCAAUGUUGAAGACCCACGUUGAUUCCAAAUGUGGACAGAUCCAUCAGGGCAAGGUCCCCGCCUGUGUCCAAAGUUUCCAGGAAUGCAGAAUUCCCAGGAGCUUGUCAGUAGGGGCUUCUUUCUCAAACAUUCCAGCAAGCCGGCACCUGGAGCUACAGGCAAAAAGUAACCCUGACCUACAGCACACAGCUAUUUCUCAGGAACCACAACCAGCAGCCCUCGACCAGGAGAAACAGGCCUCAUCAGGCGCUCUCAUUGAGCACUGUAAGCGGCCACAAGCCCUACCUGAGGAAACUGUUAAGAAACUGGAGACAACGUUGCAGCAUAAGUAUCUGGCCUUCCUGUCAGGUCUGCCUGCCCUUUACUGCGUGGCCCUCUCUAGACCCUCAUCCCCAGCAGUCACUAGCAAACCUAGAACCACAGAGAGGAUGUCCGGGGCUGUCAAAAGCCCACCAGAAACUCUGCCUCACACAACCUCCCUCGAAGGUUCACUUGAGCCAUGUACUCGGGAUGACAAGGAGGCUUCUGCGGACAUUGCAGGACAGGUCCAGUCUGAAGUGCAGGUGGCAGGAAGGACAAGGAAGAGGCCUCCAUACAGCCCCAACUUGUUAAACACACAUAUCUUGGCGAGACUGAAUUUCCACCUGAAAAAGAAGGUCCUAGCGAUGCAAUUUGGAAUAUCCACAAAGGAGAGGGAGGACAAAGAGCUAGCCAUAGCAGACCUAGAGAGUGAAGCUAUACGGGAGUUUCUUAGGAGUCUCAGCAUCCCAGAAAGCACAGCGCUACCACAACUGCCCAACUCAGGGGACUCUCCUCCGGCCCCAGAUGCAAACAGGGUCCACCUUGGUAAACAGCCAGCCACUGCAGGGCAGGCCGUGUGCCACAAGCAAAAGCAACCUAGUUCCAAGGCAGCGCCCCAUGGUUCUGCCCAGUGGGGCUCCAAGGCCUCACAACUCAGGAAUAUGACUGAGGCCCAAGUGCACUGUGUUCAGCUGGAGACCAGUGGGGAAAAACCCAACCUAGAGAAAACCUUUAGCACUGAGCCUCAAAGCCCAGGCAAGAGCAAGUACUCAGCCCAUGUCCCCACACUGACAGAAAAGAGACACGAGUCAGGGAAACCCAAGGCAGUGUGGGACCUUGAAGAAGGGGAUGCAGGUCUUGGGCUUCCCCUGACCAGUGGGAAGACACACCAUGAUGGAGACAAGGAGCCAGAAAAGAGGCCUCCCCCUGAGACACCCCAAGGCUCCUCAGAGCAGAGGCCUAGAUCUUAUCCGCCCAGCCCCCAGGAUCUCUCUGAGUUUGAGUUCCCAGAUCCACCUCCAGAAGUCCUUAUGGUGAUAGACGCUGCACAGAACAUGCAAGACAGUCUGACCAAGGUAGAUGCCAUCCUGGAACCUGCAAGGAGUGCCAAGGUCCCCCAGCCUGUGGCCUCCAAGACUUCCCAAGGUUUGCCUUUCCCAUGCCCACCAACUCAGGGAAAACCUUUUAGGGGCCAAGCUUGGCAAGACCACAUUUCACAGAGGCAGGUGAUGCCAGGCUCUCCUCAUGGUAGCCCCAGCCUUCCAGAGACUGGCUUGAAAAAUAAGAUGAAAUCCUUCCUUCACUCUAUGAGCCCCAAGAUAAAAGACAAAACCCACAUGGAACCCCCGGUCUCUACACCUGGGAAAGUGUCCAAACCCAGUCAAGAAAAUGCUGACAAGGGUCUGCCUCAAGCCAAAAGCCCCACCAAGAAAACUAAGACAGAGAACUGCAGGGUUCCCAAGGCCCAACCUGCGUCCUCUGAGAGGUCAGUGGUCACAUCGUUUUUAACUGCUCCCCACACUCUAGACAGUAAGCUCGGGCCAGGCUCUCGACAGCAUGGCUCUGUCUCAGGACCAGGCCAGCACCGACACUGUCCUCGGCACUGCCCUAGAUUGGCUUGUGCAACCCAACAAGGAAACCCACCUAGGUCCCAAGGUUCAGCUAGAAAUAUUCGUCUGGUAAAGGAGAACCCCCAGUGUGAUGACAGUUUAUAG